CUUCUUCUAGGGCCUUCUUCUUCUCCCUUCCAUUCUCUCUCCAAACCCUACCCUGCUCUCCCCGGAAAUUCAUCUCCGAUCAUCGUUUGAACCGAUCGGCGGUUGAGAAAAUGCAGCAUCAGAGGCUGAAGCAACAGCAGCAGCAAGCCUUGAUGCAACAAGCUCUUCUCCAACAACAGCCCCUCUAUCAUCCUGGCCUCAUAGCUGCUCCUCCGAUUGAGCCUAUUCCAAGUGGAAAUCUGCCUCCUGGAUUUGAUCCAAGCACAUGUCGUAGUGUGUAUGUUGGGAAUAUUCAUCCCCAGGUGACCGAACCACUUCUGCAGGAAGUUUUCUCUAGUACUGGUUUGGUUGAAGGCUGUAAGCUUAUUCGAAAGGAAAAGUCAUCCUAUGGUUUUGUUCAUUAUUAUGAUCGUAGAUUUGCUACCUUGGCUAUAUUAUCACUUAAUGGAAGGCAUCUAUUUGGUCAACCUAUUAAAGUGAACUGGGCAUAUGCCAGCAAUCAGAGAGAGGAUACUUCAAGUCAUUUCAAUAUAUUUGUCGGUGACCUAAGCCCUGAAGUUACUGAUGCCAUGUUAUUUGCCUGCUUCUCGGUUUACCCUAGUUGUUCUGAUGCAAGGGUCAUGUGGGAUCAGAAGACUGGGCGCUCUAGGGGUUUUGGAUUUGUUUCUUUCCGAAACCAACAGGAUGCUCAAAGUGCCAUUAAUGAUGUAACAGGAAAAUGGCUUGGCAGCAGACAGAUACGUUGUAACUGGGCUACAAAAGGUGCUACUUCCAAUGAUGAUAAACAGAGUUCUGAUGCAAGAAGUGUUGUGGAACUAACAAAUGGUUCAUCAGAUGAUGGUAAAGAAGCAACAAACAGUGAAGCCCCUGAGAAUAACCCACAAUACACCACCGUGUAUGUGGGCAAUCUUGCUCCUGAGGUAACACAACUUGACCUUCAUCGCCACUUCCAUACCCUUGGUGCUGGAGCGAUCGAGGAGGUUCGUGUCCAGCGUGAUAAAGGAUUUGGUUUUGUAAGAUACAGCACCCAUGCUGAAGCUGCAUUGGCUAUUCAGAUGGGAAAUUCUCCAUCACUUCUUUGCGGAAAACAAAUUAAGUGCUCAUGGGGCAGCAAACCAACGCCACCCGGAACAGCUUCAAACCCCCUGCCACCACCAGCACCUGCACCUCUGCCGGGCCUAUCAGCCACUGAUCUUUUGGCAUACGAGAGGCAACUUGCCAUGAGCAAGAUGGGAGGCGUUCACGCCCUCAUGCACCCUCAGGGUCAACAUCCUAUGAAGCAAGUGUCAAUGGGUAUGGGUGCUGCAGGAGCAAGCCAGGCUGCUGCCAUAUACGACGGUGGGUUCCAGAGUGUCGCUGCUGCACAGCAGCUCAUGUACUAUCAGUGAGAUAGAUUCAAGGAAUUGGUGUUAUCCUUAAAUUGAAUCUCUGUUACUAUAUCUAGUUUUGUUUAAUUAUUGAGUCUUUUUUUUUCUUUUUCUUUUUUUUUACUCUUUAUUUGGAGAAGGGGUGCCUACUCAUAGGGUGAUUGCCACAUGUAUCAAUACGUAUGAUGUAUGUUUGUUCCAGUCUCUGCUUUUGUAGGUGUAAUGACUAUCAUUACUGAGAGAAGUUGCAUUUGCUAGCUAUUACUGCUUCACAAGUUUUGCUGAAACGUUUUAGUUAUUUUAGAUAAUUUGCCUUGUGCA